GUAAAAAUAUACAUAAAAUGUGAAAUAAAUUUAUUGUGCACUUAAAAAUAAAAAUAAAAAUAAAAAUAAAAGACCAAAUAUAUAUACUCGAAAACUCAAAAGAGAAGGAAGAAAAACUCACUAGAGAACAAACGAAAGAAGGAAAGAAAAUGUUGAAAUUUUUAUCGAAGGUGAAAAUCGAAUUCAAUGCAUUAGAUCCAAGAAUAGCAUCAUGUAUGGAAUUUUUGGCACAAUGUAAUGCACCUAAAGCGAAAGAAUCAAACCCAAGUUGUCAAGUACAAGUUAAGCGCCGCACAGAUGACCAUCCACCUCAAAUCACUGUUACUUUCGUUAAUGGUGUUGAACAAACUUAUGAUGCCACGACUACGCCUGCGCAGAAUAUUAGGAGCAUGAUUCUUGAAAAGGGUCAGUAUCUUGAAACGGAACAGAUGUUUCGUGAUGCUGGUGAGAAAUGGCCCGUUAUUAUACCGGAUUCUGAGCUGGAACAGCCCUUUCUUGGGAUAAAGCCAAAGAAAGCAGAAGAGAAGAAGCAGCAGUAAUCAGUGCUAGUCGUUGCAGAGUUUUAAUCCAGAGAUGAAAUGCAUCUCCAAAUAGGGGCAGAGCUAGCUUUUCUUGUUGGAUGUAUGUUAAAACAAGAAUAUUAGAUUUGUACUACAUCAUGAAUUUGAGACUUUGAAAUAUUAUCCCUACAAAAGAAUAUUAUUUCCUUCCAAAUGAUUUGAACUCAUUUUGGAAUUGAAGUACAAUGGUGCGUGCAUUGUUCAUUA